AUGUCUGACGAGUUUGUCGGUGUACACAACCAGUUGCCGUGCAACAGCAGUGCGGACAACUUGCCGACCUACACACUCGAAGGCAGUAGCGAGCAAAGCCUGGAAGAGCGCAUCGCCGCAACCCCGGAUCUCACACUACCUAUACUAUCUGGCAAGAAUACAUAUUCACAAAAUGGGAGCCCUCCAGACGAAGCGGCGCUUCUUGCGCGUGACAUUUGCGCCGCCUUCCACGCCGCUGUGACGAACAAUCAAGACGACGCUGUCACCACCUUUGUCUCCCGUGGCUACAUCUCCCCCGACGCGCCCGACAUGUACCUGGAAACGCCGCUGCUCGCCGCCGCGCGCUGCGGGCAUGUGGGCAUGGUGCGCACGCUCGUCGCGCUGGGCGCCCGCGUCGACACCUACGGGCAGUCUGCCACGGCCGUCUAUGAGCGCGGCGCGGCGCAAGCGACGCGCUUCCAGCGCACGCCGCUGCAGUACGCCGCUGAGAGCGGCCGCCUCGCCGUCGUCAGGGUGCUCGUGGAGGAGUGCGGCGCCGACGACGGCCUGGUGGCGCCUGACGGGGCGCUCGCGCUGCGGCUGGCGGCGGACAAUGGCCACCGCGAGAUUGUCGACUACCUGCCCGCGCGGCGCGGCGGAGGCUGGAGGCGCUGGAGGGUCAAGCAUGAGAAGCACAUGCGCAGGAUCGAGAGGUCGGCGCGCAAGAUUGGGCAGUUCUUGUACUAUAUGCUCGUGGCGCCACCAAAGCUGCUGCUCUGGUAUGUGCCCAAGUGGGCGUGGGAGAACCGGGUGCGGAUUGGCGGUUGGAUGAAGAAGAAGGUGCUGGGAAUACCAAAAGUGUUGAUGAAGGUGCCGAGGUAUGCGUGGAAAGGCAUCAAGGAAAUACCAGAGGUGCUUGAGCUCAUGUUCAGAUGGAUCCGGACUGGGCUCGUACGAGUCGGCCAUGCGAUUGCCAACAGCGCAAAGAAGAUUGCGUCCGUGGUGCAUACAGCGGCGUGUGCCGUAUUGUCUUUCUUGCAGCGAAUCACACUUCGCGACAUCUGGCAAGGCGUGGUCAUGGCAGCGCAUUCCAUCUUCAUUGAUCUGCCGCAGACGACGUUCAAGUUUGUGAUUGAUGCGGGCGAGGUCAUGUACAAGUGUCUCAAGAUCCUUUUUGGCUCGCUCGGCCAGUGUGUCUACUACAGUGGCGUCGGCAUUCUGUGGGUGCUCACGUACGUGCCGAAGAAGCUGCUUGACAUUAUGGUGACCAUCGGUCGCUCAAUUGCAAAUACUGUUGAGGAACUCAUGGUGCAUCUAAAUCCGAAGCGGAUUUAA